UAUCAGAGAGCGCUUUCACCUGUGUGUGUAUUGGGAACUGGUGAUGCACAUAACCAGAGAAGAAAUGACCACAUUUGUCACCUUCUCCUUUCCACUUUUAAAUGCCAUUCAUGCCCUUCUUUUUGUCCAAUCGAACCGUACAAGCACCUGCAACCAGGAGGUAUGCAGUACCGUGUGCAGUGCCCCCAUCACCAGAGCCCCAAGUUUCAGUUGUCGGCCCCUGUUGCGGCACCUCACACUGCAAAUUUGCUUUCAAACCCUAAUUUAUGGGGGCUCCAAUCCUAUUUGUAAAUUGUAACGAUUGCUUUCAAGAACCCUUAAUUCUGUUUGCUCUCUCAACUCCUUGUUUUUCAUCUGCUAUGCUUCUCGUUCUCUUUGACGAGAUGAAGAGGCUCUCUGGGAAUCUGAUUUCAAAACCGUAACUAAGGCUCUGGCGGCUUCUCUGCUAUUUCUGCUCUUUGACGAGAUGAAGAGGCUCUCUGGGAAUCUGAUUUCAAAACCCUAAGUAAGGCUCUGGCGGCUUCUCUGCUAUUUCUACUUGUUCUGAGACCCUUUUAUUCUUAUCUCUGUAACAAUCGGAGGAAAUGAAGAAGCUCCAUAGAAAGCUACUUGAGAAGGAAGUGUAUGGAGAUAGCAGAAGGGCUGGGGUGGUCCUGCUUGUCAUCUUUGUUCUCGCUGUGCUUGCUGUUGUGUCUUUGCUUGUGGCCCUCAGCUAUUACUGCUACAUCAGAAGCAGGGUCUCCAAACGCUCUAGGGAUCAGAAGAUGAAGGAUGAAAAAGUUGGUUCUGCAAGUGUCAAAUCUGGUACUGAGAAAGGAAUUCAGGUAUACACAUAUAAGCAGCUCUAUUCUGCAACAAAUGGGUUUAGUUCAGGAAACAUUAUUGGCCAUGGUGGAUUUGGAUCGGUCUACAGGGGUGUCCUUCCAGAUGGGAGAAGAAUUGCUGUUAAAUUGAUGGAUAGAUCUGGGAAACAGGGGGAAGAGGAAUUCACAAUGGAGGUGGAGCUACUUAGCCGUCUCCGUUCUCCUUAUCUUCUGGGUCUGCUUGGACAUUGCUCCGACAACGAACAUAAAUUAUUGGUCUAUGAGUACAUGGCAAAUGGCAGCCUGCAAGAGCUGUUGUAUUUGGACAACGGCUCUAAUGGUGGUGCUUCAAAGUUAGAAUGGGAAACAAGGUUGAGAAUAGCUCUUGAUGCUGCUAAAGGACUCGAAUACCUCCAUGAACAUGUCAACCCGCCUAUAAUCCACAGGGAUUUCAAGAGCAGCAACAUUCUCCUGGAUAAAAAUUUUCAUGCUAAAGUAUCGGAUUUUGGUUUGGCUAAGCUUGGAUCAGAGAAAGCUGGAGGGCAUGUGUCAACCAGGGUAUUGGGCACCCAAGGUUACGUUGCACCGGAGUAUGCAUUGACAGGGCAUCUAACGACCAAGUCAGAUGUUUACAGCUAUGGAGUUGUGCUUUUGGAGCUCUUAACAGGUCGGGUUCCUGUUGACAUGAAACGGCCACCUGGGGAGUGUGUUCUUGUCUCUUGGGCUUUGCCCAGGCUCACGGAUAGGGAAAAGGUGAUUGAGAUUAUGGACCCGGCAUUGGAGGGUCAAUAUUCAAUGAAGGAUGCGAUCCAGGUGGCUGCAAUCGCUGCCAUGUGCGUGCAAGCGGAGGGUGAUUACAGGCCUCUAAUGGCUGAUGUGGUUCAGUCGUUGCUCCCUCUUGUGAAGCACCUUAGGUCCUCUUCUAAGGUAACAAGCUGCCCUACCUACCCACCUACUGGUGAGCAUGUUAAUGUUGGUUGAUGAAUUUCCAGGCUUCACAUGCUAAUGCUUAGUGAUUGAAUUUCAAGGAUCUCGCUCCCUCCCUUCCUCACACCAAGUGUUUUAUUUGUUCAGGGUAUGAAAGGAAAAUAGAAAUGCUGGGACACUAAUAACUAUUUUUGUGGUAGCCUCUUUCUUAUGUUAUUCUGGUGGCAGUAGAAAACUGUUGUUCAUUGUAUUAUGCACACGGUUUUUAUGUGUCCAUGUAGAAAUGAGUCACCUUUUAAAAAUCUAUAUUUGAGAUGGA